AUGCAUCGUGCUACACCACCCCCGGCGGACCAAGUAUUGAAAAGCAAGAGGGCAAAAGCCAAAUUCAAAGCAAAUCACCAUUGGGAUUCAAAGAAUAUAGUUAACGGUUUUGAAGGGACAGGGUCCUCUCACAUCUACAGGGCAAUACAAAGCCCAACAACGCAAGGAUCUGAGGUCCCAAAAGUAAAACAUCCAAAAUUAUUCGACUUCACACUGGCAAAGACAGGCUCGUCAGCUUCAACACAUGGCCCGUACCUGCUCGCUCCCGCUUUACAAGAAGCUAACCCGAAGGUUCGUAACAUUUUGAGACCUCGGGAAAUAUCCACCGCUAAAGGAAAGAGAAUAGAUGCCCCCUAUGAGAUGCCGCGAGACGGUGUGAUUUGGCUUUUGGUAUACUUCAAAGCUGGGUUGGCUAACUCGGAGUUUUGUGACCAAUUUAUCAGUCUCGCCUCUAGCGGCGAACUUUUUGUCCAAUGUCGGGCUUGGCAGGUGCAAGACUAUCUCUUUCAUUGA